CGGAAGCGCUGGUGUCGGCCGCAAUCACGUUGUAUCGGGAGGUAAACGCAGCUGUCGUUACUAGUCAUGUCGUUUCGUAACAUUUCUAAAGAGGCAAUGGCCGGAACCGUCACUCUGGGGGUCGUUUUGCUGGUCGGGUAUUUCUUUGGGAAAAAGAAAUCUUCGAGAAUGAGCAUCUCCAAAAGUCAUUGCGGGGGAAAAGACGACCCGCUGAUGCAAUAUGUCCUCAAUAACUCCUUGAGGGAGCAUCCGGUCCUGAAGAAACUCAGACUGAGGACAAUGGAACACUCCUGGAACAUCAUGAUGGUCGCGUGUGAGCAGUCGCAGUUCAUGGCCAAUCUGGCUAAACUAAUCAAAACCAAGAAAGCCUUAGAGAUCGGAGUGUACACGGGCUACAACACACUGAGCAUCGCUCUGACUUUGCCCGACGACGGCGUCCUGGUCGCGUGCGACGUCAGCGAGGACUACACCAACAUCGGCAAACCCUUCUGGGCAGAGGCUGGAGUGGAGGACAAGAUUGAUCUACGCAUACAGCCAGCACUGAAAACUCUAGAUGAUCUCCUGUCUGACGGCCAGGCUGAAACAUUCGACUUUGUCUUCAUCGAUGCAGACAAAGUCAACUACGACAACUACUACGAGAAGUCUCUGCAGUUGUUGAGGAAAGGGGGAAUCAUCGCCGUGGACAACGUGCUGUGGGGGGGAAAGGUGUUGAAUCCGGCCCCUGGGGAUGAAGACACCGUGGCCAUCGACAAGCUGAACAAGAAGCUGCACCGAGAUGCUCGAGUGAGCCUGAGCAUGCUCACCGUGGGAGACGGGCUCACGCUAGCCAUCAAAUUGUAGUGCAAUGAUUCAUGGCUUUAAAAGGUCUACUGGGUUAUGGUCUCUUUUUUAAGUUAGGGCAACUUUUAUAUAGGAAAUGUGAUAGCUAGCGGAAACAUGCAUUCAAAAGGUUUGAAUGAAAUAGUGAAAACAUUUGAUUAAAAAAGAAAACUGUCCCUG